AUGGGUGUAGUUUCACAGACUCCUCCUAUUGGCGUCUUUGCCGUAUCGGGAUGCGGACCCGAUCUCCUAAUUAACAUCUGCUUAACGCUACUCGGAUACAUACCAGGACACAUUCACGCAUUCUAUCUCGAAUAUGUGUACUAUGAACGACGGGAAGCGGCCAGGGAAGGAAGAUUCCAAGCCGCUCGAGCACCCGGAAUCUAUUCUGAUCGCGUACAAGGUGGUGGUUACGGUACGAUCAUCGAAUCUACGAAUUGA